AUGAGCAGAUUGGCGGCGAUCUGCCUGCUGGCAGCGUGCAUCGCCUCUCACUGCGUGACCACCGCACGCGAGAUCACUAGAGCUCAUUACGACGAUUUGCAGGUAGCCGCUACCCACCAUCAUCAUGAAAGCGGCCAUGGAGAAGAACACCAUUCCGAUCAUCAUCAUCAUCAUGGCGGGAAGGGAGACAAGGGCUAUAAAUCCGGGCAUCAUCACGACAAAGGAGAAAAAGGGCAUCAUGAUAAGGAGGGCCAUUCUGGACAUUAUCACGAGGACGAAGGACAUAAAAAACAUCAUCAUCACGAUGACGGUUACUACAGCGAGCAUCACAAGGGCGAGAAAGGAGAGAAAGGUCACAAAUUCCACGAAAAGGGACAUUUUGGCAAAGGCCACAACACGAAGGGACAUCACGAGGUCCACAAGCUUGAUGAAUUCAAAAAGGAUAAAGAAUUCUUCGACGAACAUCAUGAUCACGGUCAUCAUGAGGAACACGGAGGCCAUCAUCACGAACACGGGCAUAAAAAAGGAGGCCACUUCAAGAAAGGACAUCACGAUCACCACCAUCAUGAGGGUCAUCAUGGCAAGAAAGGUCACCAUGAGAAAGGACACCAUCAUCACGAUCACAAGGGCCAUAAAGGCCACGGCGGUCACGAUGAGCAUCAUCACCAUCAUCAUCAUCAUGGCAAAAAGGGCGGCCAUGAGGAUCACAAACAUUGGGGAUUCAAAAAGGGACAUUAAUACAAAUAUAAAAAUUAUUAUCUCGCUAGUUUUGCUUGUUGAAUUAUGUUCAUUGAAUAUCACGCUGCAUUAAUUGUUGUACAUGUCAAUGAGCAGAGAAUAAAACUUUUUCAAUAGACA